AUGAAACAUGACAUAACACAUAGGGGGACUACACAAUGUCGAAGACACGUAUCAAUAUAUUGCAACGGCUUUUACUACCACCUUUCAGCGCCCGAUCGUCAGGGUGCUCAGAUUGGGCCGAAAAUUAAUGGGUCUCGAACUGUCCUCAAAGUUACAGAGUACUCCGAUUUUGAGUCGGAAGCACACCGCCAACUCGGAAAACACCCGGGGCCCGUCCUUGUUGGCUAUCAUGUCGGUCAAACGGACUAUGACCCAGAACAGAUCCAGACACUUAGCGAAUGGAUAAUAGAAAAUUUGGGAAUUUACAAUUUUUUCAGCAACAAUUGCCAGCAUUUUGUCUUCUGUCUUUUGUCUCGAAUCAUAUGUCGUGGACGAAGAGACACCGUUUUUAUGGGGUCGAUGAAGCAGAUUGCUACUCUCGCUGCACAAGCUCAGAGGGGCGAAUUGAUGCUUUUUAAAAAUGGCUUCUAUGAAGGUUUCUGUUUGUCGGGUCAAGAUUGUGCACAGGCUCCUCUCUAUUCAAAGUUGCCUAGACUCUGGACUAGUGAAAACAAAUGGUACGAACAUCCAGGAACAGCGUUGAAAUAUAUGUAUCAUUGGGGAAAAUGGGUUAGAUCAAACCAAAGGAUGGAUUUGACGGCACAUCAAUUAUGUGUUUUAUGGAAUCAGGGCCAGAUGGGUUUGCUUCCGAACAACAUUUUGGAGUAUAGUGCAUGGCGGCGCCAACUUCUCUUUCCAACAGUUACACGCAGGUUCCCAAAAAUGAGACUGCUUCUAUUGAAGUCAGGGAGUUAUCCAGAAGAUAAAUAG